GAUGUUGCCAUAACCAGAUGAUGGUGUACAAUUAAAGACAACCUUACCUUGCUGUCGGCUAACCACAAUACGACUGAAAUUGACAAUUGUUCAUCUUUCUACAGCUUCUCGCUGUUGAAAUUUACUUCUGUUGGGUCUCUUUGAUCAUAAUAUUUACCAUACAGCUAAGUAAAACACAUGGAGAUGGAAUACAGUCAGGGUUGUACUUAUUCCAAGGGCACAAACGUUGGAUGUAGAGGUUCUCAGGCCGCUGGCAACAUGAAUGCACCGCAUACGCCAGUGAGGAAGAUUGCUGGAGCCAUAUAUAACGUUCUGGGACAUUAUGCAGUGCAAUGCGAGCUAGAGACACCAAAGGAAAACCUCGACCACAGUUGCUUGUCUGUCUCUUUAAACACACCAAAAAUCAGGUCAAAGGUGCUUCCGAGAUGUCCUGCAAGAAGUCCUUCAAAAGAGCCUGCUUUUAAAGCUACCUGGUGUGAGACUCCCAAGGUCUCCAAGAAAGAUGCAUCACUACGAAGGCGCCUUCUGGAGUCCAAAUCUGCCACGGAUAGUAAAAUGGGCAGCUCAAGUGCCUCAGAAAACCAUGGCCUGGCUCUGUCGCUCCGAUUCAAGAAUGACGGGCCACUUCAGGACAGUUUGGACUUUGACUCUCCGGAUUCAAGUAUCGUGGAGCCUUUUGCAACAAGCACUUUGAAAGCUGAGAACACUACUUUGUGUGGUAGAAGCUGGCGUUCCAUGUUCUUGCAUGUGAGAACAUCCACUCUAGAAGAAGGAGAGUUAGGGAUGGUAAACUCCCCCUUUCAGAGUAAGCCCCCUGGCUGCGUUUCUGAUGCUGACCUUGACGAAAGCAUAAUUUCCGGUCUCUUCGAGACAUGCAUACCCCAGACACCCCAGACACCUCAGUGUGGUAAAUUUAUGCCAGCAGCCAAAGAUGAUCUCAAAACUCCCAUCAACCACUUGGCUGCAAAUCUCUCUGAGAAUCUGAGCAUCCUGAGUACCCCGUCACUCAGCCCCUUCUGCCAGCUCGACGGCUCUGUGUGUGCCGACAGUGGCUUCAGCUCCCUGGGCCUGGACAAGUCUCAGAACUCGUCUGUGGACUACGACGGCUCCUUCCAGGAGCUGGUUUCGGCCGCCACCCCCAGGGGCAAAGAGGCCCCGCGACAGGCCGAAGUGAAGCGGCGCUCGCGGCUCGAACGCCAGCGCCGCCUCUCCACGCUCAAGGAAGGUGGCUCUCAGUCCGAGGACGACGCCAAAGCGACCAGCUGCCCGCCCAGAACAGAACUACCCCUGCCGAAUGAACCCAGUCACCACUUCCUGUCCAGUUGCGAUGGCGGUGUCUUCUUGGACAGGACGCCACUUAGCGCCUCCCAGUUGAGGCUGGAGGACCUCUCCCUGACGCCGGCGCUGCAGGUGGUGCACGCCAUGAGCAAGCGCAGCGCUCGCAUGCUGCCUGAGCUGACCAGCCUGGAAGAGCUGCUGCGCUCUGCCGAGAAGGACCCUCAACACGUGCCCAAAAUGCCUCUGGCAGGUCUCAUUGGCCGGAAGAUGGGCCUGGGCAAGAUGGACAUCAUGGCCGAACUCAAACACCGAAACCUCAGGCACGUCCUGGCAAUGAUCCUGAGUCAGUUGCCAUCUGAGGAUGUUUACAAUUUUGGCCAGGUUUCUGAUGUCUGGGAUGAGAUCAUUACGCAAAAUAAGAAGGCCUCCCACAGGAGAAAAUCUCAUGUGAAAGAACUGAAAAAGGCCCAUGAGAUGGGCAGUGCCUUACAUGUCCCAGAUGCAGAGACGCGAUUGAACCUGGUGUGCAGAUCAGCGCUGAAGUCUGUCCAGGCCCAGUCCAAGACUCCAUGCACCACUCCGUCAGGGAGGGCCUUCGCAACUCCCGUCCAGCAAAACCCCAAGCACUUUAGUAAACGGGAGGAGUUUCUUCAGGUGGCGAAGACUCUGUUCCGUGAUGAGUGGCUGAAACCCUGUCCACAGUGCCAGCACCCUGCGAAGUGCCACUCUGUGAAGCGAGAGGGUGUUUGUUGCCGGGUAGACUGUGGCUUCAUCUUUUGCACAGCCUGCCUCUGUGCCUACCACGGCUCCAGAGAGUGUGCCCACCUCUCUGCCAAGCGCCGCAGCAAGAGAGACGUGCUGCCGGGUAGCGCUCAGAGCAAACGCAACAUCAAACGACUGUGAAAUGUGUCAAAUUGAUGCACAUUGCUUUUUGCAUUUUAUCUGUUUUAUUUUUUUUACAUUAUGGACAUUGAAGACCUAUUUGCCAGUAGUUUUUCUGGUCAUACCAAAUGAACUUGGCAGCUAUUUUGCGCUUUCUUGCACAAUUAAAUGUAGGCGGUACCACAGAGUUUUUAUAUUUGUAUGUGUGUAUAUGUGUGUACAUAUUGACUUCAUGCCUUUGCUGCAUAUACUGCGGUUUUCAUAGAUUCUUUUAAUAAAGUUCCCUUUUCAAUGUAUGUC